GGAGUUCGUAGGAUUGCCUCUGUUUUCAUAGUGCUCAGUCACCUGACACCUUGCUUUGCGGAAUACAUCGAAUGGCCAGCAAGAGGCAAAGAUGGACCAAUAAGGCUCUUCCAAUAUCCUAUUCUUCGGCUUCUUGGCGAAGGACAAUUCUUUGUCUCUAUAUUCUUUGUCCUGCUCGGAUUUACGAAUUCGAUCAGUGUGAUUAGGCUCAGCAAUUCAGGGGAUUUCAAAAAGCCUUCACUACGCUUGCCACCAGUGUUUUUGCAACCAUCUUGGCUUGGUCUCUCUGCCAACUUGGUGCGUUUGAUGCUCGAAACUUCGAUGCUGGUUGGUGGUAUCGAAAAACACCCCGCCCAAGCCCAAGCUGGAGUAGAGCGAUCUGUGAUCUAG